AUGUGGCAACAUGGCAUCCGUGUCGAAUGUAAACAUGAAGGAGAUCAAGGAAAAACUAGAAAACUGGGAUCACCCUUCCGAGCCCCUCGCACCGCUGUCUGAAACACAGCGAGACGGAAUUUCACAGCUGAUGGCUCACGUCGCCGAGCGGCCCAUGCCAGUCGGGAUGAAAGUAAAGGUGCCUGUGAGUCCGGACCACGAUCGCGACACGCCACCGCCCAUUCCGGAAUUCUCUGAACUGCCAGAAUGCUUACAAAAGGUGCUCAAGGGUGACACCCAAAUCACAAACGCACAGCAGUUCCUGACCUGGUUCUCCGAAGUAGAGGAGAAGAUGAUGGAGGAGAACGACUGGGAGUACACAGAGUAUGUAAACACCACAACGGCCUACUUGAGCCAGUGCUGCGAGCUGCUGAGGGAGAUUGACACAUCGAUGGCUCAGCUGAGGCUGCUUCAAGAGGAAUAUCUGUUUGUGUCAAACAAAACAAAUGCGCUACACGAAGCCUGUGAACACUUGCUGGAAGAUCAGGUCUGUAUUUUGACAUGUCGGAACAUUUGUGCACUUUACUCACACCCCGUUGCUUUUCAGUCAAAGCUCAUGAACGCCGUCGAAACCAUUGCGGAGAAACUUCGCUACUUUACGGAACUAGACACUCUUUCUCAGAAAAUUGGAUCACCAAACACCUCCGUGUUGAGUGAGACAUUCGUUCCGCUGCUUACGAGGCUUGACGAGUGCAUCCACUACCUCGAAACAAAUUCCCAGUACAAGGAAGCGUCGACAUACCUGGCAAGGUUCCGACACCUGCAGUGGCAGGCACUCGAAAUGGUGCGCUCCUAUGUGACGAGCACGCUCGAGCACACUACCCAUCAGGUGCUCUCACGGAAGGACAUCCUCUGCUCCGCCGACAAUGCCUUCGCGCUGCUCUACGGGAAGUUCCGGACCCAUGCCCCCCGCAUCCACUCCCUGGUGGCCCAGAUCGAAGAGCGGGUCGAGCGGAAUUCCCAGUACCAGGAGCUCCUCGACGGCUGCCAUCAGUGCUACUUCAGCCAACGGGAGACCUUGCUGGGACCCAGCGUGUCCACGGCAAUGAACGAGCUGGCCACCGCGCACCAGAGAGACCACUGUUCCCUUGUGAGGAGUGGCUGUGCAUUCCUGGUUCACCUCUGCGAGGAUGAACACCAGCUCUACAUGCAGUUCUUCACCAAGACAGCACCGCUCUUAGAUGAUUUCCUCGGGCGGUUAUGUGGGAGGCUCUACGACGUCUUCCGACCUAUAAUUAUUCACAUAAACCACUUGGAAACACUGGCAGAGCUUUGCAGCAUCCUAAAGGUGGAGAUGAUGGAGCAGCACAUAGCAGCAAAUCCCAAUGAACUUAGGGCAUUUGGGAAAAUUGCCCAGCAGAUGCUCGAAGAUGUGCAAGAGAGGCUGGUCUACAGGACAUUGGUCUACAUACGGACAGACAUUCUGGGAUACAAUCCGGCGCCCGGUGACCUCGCAUACCCGGAAAAACUGGAAAUGAUGGAGAGCAUCGCAGAAAGCCUCGCCCAGAACUCCCUGAGUCGUUCGAGCUCUCACGGAUCUCUGGUCUCGAUCGGGUCGUCGGCCUCUGGCACUUUUGUCGGUGGGGCCGCCCCAACAUCACUGGGCAAGCAGGAAGGGGCGGCGGUGCUGCAGGUGUCCUCCUCCGAACACGUCACCGAGGCGGCUGGCAACAUGACGCAGACCACGAUGGCGGGCGUGCAGAACUCGGAGGCAAAGCACAAAGGAUAUUCCCCAGCUGACUUGCAUGGAAUGUGGUAUCCUACCGUGCGAAGAACGCUGGUUUGCCUCUCCAAACUUUACCGGUGCCUAGACAAAACAAUCUUCCAGGGGCUCAGCCAGGAAGUCCUGGCCAUGUGCAUAGAGUCUCUCUCAGCUGCUGGGAAAGAAAUUUCGAAGAACAAGACCCCACUAGAUGGGGAGCUCUUCCAGAUCAAGCACCUGCUGAUUCUACGUGAGCAGAUCACUCCUUUCCAAAUCGACUUUGCCAUUCGGGAGACAUCACUAGACUUCACAAAGAUCAGAGAGGCUGCACUGAGCUUAUACAACAAGAAAUCAAGACUGUUCUCCUUUGGGACCAACAAUGCACUCUUGGAGUUUGUGCUUGAGGGUACACUACAGAUCAGAGAGAACCUCAUUGAUUCCAAGAAGGCAGUGGACAACCAACUGAAAACGAUGUGCGAAGAGUUCAUUGCCCACACAGCCCAGCUGUUAAUAGGACCGAUUCAACCGUUCCUUGAUAAGGCAAACGUUAUCCUGCAAGUGCAACAUCAAGAGCCCACACGAACAGUUUCACUACGAAACCAGCCAUUUGCAGCCCCAGAAACGGUCUCCAAUGUGGUGAGCAAUGCCUACCGCCACCUGAAGGAGACUCUCACGUCACUGGCGAGGAGCAUGUCCCUGUACCUUGCCAACAAGGACACGGAACAGAUCCUCUUCAAACCUGUCAAGACAAAAGUCUUGGCUGCCUACGAGAACCUGAACCAAAUUGUCAAGACAAGUUAUUUGGAUGAGGACCAACUCAUAAUUGCUUGUCCGUCUGUAGAGCAGAUCAACGUGGUUCUAACGUCAUUCCAAGCCAAAUGAUCACACCACUUGCGUUGGGAUUCUCAAAGAACGGGAGACCAUUACAUGCAACGAAUUCCAGGGAUGGUUGAGGUGCACUGCCGCCAGCAGAAUCGUCGUACGAAUCCGUCUAGCUUCCACUGGCAUCGCUGGAAUUGUAGCUGCGCUACCGAUGUUAUCAGAAGAGGGGAUGCUGUAUAUACAUAUCUGUACAAAGUUGGCUAAGUUAUUGGAGCAUGCACCGGUAUGAAAGUAUCCACAUGUUUCUAUGUUUUAUAGACAAAGGCAUUACGAGGUACACGGAGAAAUUAAAACAUUCACAUGUAAAAGUGUGAACUUGGGGGCCUGA